CCAACAUGGCUGGCUUCAACACCUGAAAAAAUAAAAUUCCCAAUUCUUCCUCAUUGUAUACCUAAAAUUCAAUAAUGACGGACUACAAAGAGGAACAGGCAAACGAGCUAGAGGCUCUAGAAUCCAUAUAUCCAGAUGAACUCCAGAUCAUUGAAAUGGAGCCUUUUCCUAGCUUCCAAAUGAUUGUUACAACCCAGAGCAUGGAUAGUUCUGAUGAUACCUCUGCCACAAUAAUUAUGCAAUUCACGUACACUGAGAAGUAUCCUGAUGAAGUGCCAGUCAUUGAAAUCACUGGGUCGGAUAACUUGGAGGAAGACCAGGUUGAAAGACUUACACAGAUGAUGAAAGAACUGGCUGAGGAAAAUUUAGGUAUGGUGAUGAUAUUCACUCUGGUCUCUGCAGCGAUAGAAAAAAUGGGUGAAAUGCUUGAUGAAGGUGUCAAGCGUGAGGCAGAAGAGGCUGAGAGAAGGCUUCAAGAAAAGGAAGAGGCAGAACGAGUAAAAUUUGAAGGCACUCGAGUCACGAUAGAAUCGUUUUUAGCCUGGAAAGCAAAAUUUGAUGCAGAAAUGGCAGAGCUGAAGAAAAAGAAAGGGAAAACUGUUGAUGUUUCCAAUAAACUUACAGGGAAGGAAUUAUUUAUGAAAGAUGCCACCCUUGAUGACUCUGAUGUCAAAUUUUUACAAGAAGAGGGUGAAUCAGUGGAAGUCGAUGAGUCGUUGUUUCAGGAUAUGGAAGACCUUGAUAUUGACCUUGAGGAUGAACUUAGCUGAUUUAGGACUUUUUAGGAUUUUUGAAUCAAUGGACUUUUGUUACCAUUUCCUUUGUUUAAGGUAAUUGGGGUCUUGGUCUUGUGCCUUUCACACAUGUCGAGGCUGGAUGGACUGGAAUUUACUGCAUACUAGUGUUCGGUUAUUUUGGCAUGUACACUCGCAUUGUCUCGUUCAUUGGGAAAGAUUACUUUGAUAUCAGGUUUGCUCUGGAAUGUGCUAUAAUGUUGUUUGCAAGCUGCUUCUCAGCUGCAGUGACCCAUCUUGCAUCAAAUUACAAUGUUUGAUUCUCUACGUGGCAAUUGCGUCACAGCCUGAGUUCAGAAAUAUUUUCUUGCUACACCCAAGGAAUCAUUUCGAUAUCGGAAGACAUUGUUUGUACAAAUAUGAUUAAAUACAUGUAUAUUGUAAAAUUAAAAUGAUUUUGCUCA